GCCGCCGCCGCCGCUGGAGCUCCCUGGCUUGGAGGAGCGCGCGCACUUUCUCCUCAACGUUCUAGAUGUCGCUGUUGACCACCUUUGCGCCGCAGCCCGGAGUGUCCCGCGGAGCACGUGACCGGCGGGGAGGUAGCGGCUCAAGGCCAUUUUCAAAUCUCAUUGGCUUAGCUGUCAUGUGGUUGUGCAGAGGCAUCCACAAUUACACAGGGAAUGUUUUCGUAGAGAUGUCAGCCUACAAAGGACACAAUCUCUCUUCUUCAAAUUCCUCCCCAAAAUGUCCUUUCCCAACAGCUCUCCUGCCGCCAACACUUUCCUAGUCGAUUCCUUGAUCAGUGCCUGCAGGAGCGAUAGUUUCUAUUCCAACAGCGCCAGUAUGUACAUGCCACCUAGCACAGACAUUGGGACUUAUGGGAUGCAAACCUGUGGACUUCUACCGUCUCUGGCCAAGAGAGAAGUCAACCAUCAAAAUAUGGGUAUGAAUGUACACCCUUAUAUACCUCAAGUAGACAACUGGACUGAUCCGAACAGGUCCUGCCGAAUAGAGCAACCUGUUACUCAGCAGGUCCCCACCUGCUCCUUCACGACAAAUAUUAAGGAAGAAACCAAUUGCUGCAUGUAUUCUGAUAAGCGCUCCAAGCUGGUGUCUUCGUCCGACGUCCCUUCAUACCAGAGGCUGGUCUCUGACUCGUGCUCCAUUGAAAACCCCGAGGUCCCCGUCCCAGGAUAUUUCAGGCUGAGCCAGACCUACGCCACUGGGAAAACCCAAGAGUACCAUAACAGCCCCGAAACGAGUUCAACUGUCAUGUUGCAGUUAAACCCUCGCGGCGCUUCCAAACCGCAGAUAGCUUCGCAACUUCCGAUGGAGAAGAAAAUGAAUGAAAACCCCAACAGCGGCAGCGCCGCCACCGCCGCCGCCACCAACACCACCAGCAGCACCAGCAGCCACCAUUCAGACAACUCUGCCAAAGUCUCUCAAGUGGAAAGUCCCGAGUCUAAGUCCACGCUGCAAGACGACAGGAGCUGCCUGGCUGAAGCCUCCGUUUCCAGCCCAGAAACCCAAGAGAAGGAAAGCAAAGGUCGGUAUGAUCGCAGAAGUUGGCGGCUGGGGGGGGGGGGGCAGAUACCCGAACGUGGUGGCAGACUAACUUGGGCACGCCAGUCUCGUAAACCACAGGAGCAUUUAAUGCUUUAAGCUCAGCCAUAACUGCUCAGCAGACAGGGUCCCCCCGUCACCUCUUUCUGCUGCUGCAGGUGCUGGGUUUUUUGUUUUUUGCAAUUGGAAAAACAAAAAGGAAAUAGAAGGGCAUGGAUGCCUUAGGACCUGGCCACGAUGUUGGUGACACCCAUCGUUUCAUGCCUUUUGAAUCCCAGAGAUUCAGCCAGGAAAAGGGUGUUUUCGUUUCUCUCUUGCCAAGGCUGCUGCAUUAUAACUGCUCCAGCAGCUCCUUCAGAUUAGAGGUUCUUAAAUUACACCCACUGUUACUCUCCCCCCACCCUCCUUGGUCAAAUUGGGAUCAAAUAUUUCCUGUGGGUCUUCUCUGUGAAGAGCACAGUCGAUUGCUAAGCUUGGUAAUAAAAAAGUUGUGGGGUUGUUGUUUUUCUUUUGACGAGAUAAAAUAAAACAGGGAGGUGCCGCAGAGCCCAUAUAAAGUAUGAGGAGAAUAAGACAAGGCCCUUUCUUCGGAGGAAGUCUAAAUUUGGGAUAAGGUACUAUAUAUAAGACAAGUUUGGGUCUCCUAAUUUCACUAGGCUUUGAAGGUUGUUAUGAAAUAAUGGAAGGAACUGCAUUGUUUAUUUCAAGAUGGGGGAGGACCGCAGGGGCUUCGUCUGGAGAGGGGAGAAUAUGGUGGAAGAGCGGGGCGGGGGCCCCUCAGAAACCAUGCCUUUAGUAAAAAUUAACUUGUCAAUCUCUACUGUGCAUUUGUUACUCGUAGUAGUAAGUGCAGAACAAUACAGACCAUGUUUAUUAAGCCCAGGUCUGGCAUUUGCAUCUAAUAGGAGAUGGGGAAUUAAAAGUGAAAACGAUAAAUUCAGUUGAUUUUUAGGUAUUGGUCCCCCUCCAUAUUGGUGUUAGUUGAGGACUAAAAAGGCCACUCCCCCCCCCCCGCCUUGGGUGUUUGCUUAAUUUCAUGAGUGAUGCAGAUGAAUCUCUUUCAACAUGAUUGGGGAUAGUACUGUUUUUAACUGAGGCAUUUCCCAAACAAGUGGCUUUAUAAGGCGGGGGUUGGUUUGCACAGUUCACAUCCACUAAAAUGCGAACCACUGGGAAGAUGACAGUAUUCAUAUUGCUCCCAAUGUCACAGGCUAUUUUGAAAUAUGUGGACUAGCAGGGAGAAUGCAUAGAGAUAAUGUUUGGGAAAGCUGCAGAAAUAACCCAGAGUGGAAAAUAGUGUUGCUGCUAGCAUUGUUUAACUCGAAUGUGGACACCAUUUUUUGUAUCAUUAUCAUUAUAUUAAAAAAAAACCCGCCCUGCCCCAAUGUACACACCUCCGUUAGCAAUGUUUAAUACCCACAAGCCACCAUAUCUGCCAGACACAAUGGAUGUAGUAGGUUCAUGGCCAAGGGUACUCUAUAACAGACUGAGGUGUUUCUUUUUUCUUUUUCUUUCUUAUUUUCCCUUCCUUCCUUCUUUCCUUCUCCUUUGAUGUUGCUAGAGGAAAUCAAGUCUGAUACUCCAACCAGCAAUUGGUUAACUGCAAAGAGUGGCAGAAAGAAGAGGUGUCCCUAUACUAAACAUCAAACACUGGAAUUAGAGAAAGAGUUCUUGUUCAAUAUGUAUCUCACUCGAGAGCGCCGCCUAGAGAUCAGUAAGAGCGUAAACCUCACUGACAGGCAGGUCAAGAUAUGGUUUCAAAACCGCAGAAUGAAGCUCAAGAAGAUGAGCAGAGAGAACCGGAUCCGAGAACUGACCGCCAAUCUGACCUUCUCAUAAACCGGUUCAACUGGGGGCUUGAAAGGAUUGAGACCUGGGCCCAGUUACCACCAGUUGGUAUAUAUAAAUAUAUAUAUAUAUAAUAAAUAUAUAUAUGUAGGAAAGACUUUGGGGGGAACAGAGACAGAGAGAGGGGGGACACAAAAGUACACCCCCUUCAUUUUCCUUUUUUUUAUUAUUUCUGAUAGAAUGUGACCUUUUGUCAUUCUUUUUAGUGCUGCA